UGUCCUUGCCAGGCGCGCCCCACUCCGCCAUGCACCAGCCCCGGGGGCGCCGGCCCAGCGCAGCUGCUCCUUUCCACCCCGGCCCCGGGCUUCCCGGAGGGUCGCGCAGCCCCGGGCUAUGACUCAGGCGCCCACUUGCGGAAGAUCCCCAAGGGCCGGACCGAGGAGGGCUGCUGCUGGACAUCCUCCCGGAGAGGCUGCCCCGACCUGCUGCUCCUGGUGGAUGAGCCCGGGGACUGAGCGCCCCCGCUGCCUCUGGCGCCGCGCCGCCACCGCCGCCGCCACCGUCGCUGCCGUCGGUCCCAGGUCCCCGGUCCCCGGCUCUGGGCGCCCCAGGGCUCUCCGCCCGCGCCCACUGCCCGCGCCCUCCUGACAGCUGCGGCGGCGGCGAUGAUGCAAAGGAGGAGGGCGCUGCCGCCGGCUGCGCGCAGGGUGGCGAGUGGCGCCCGGGUGUGAUGCCAGCAUCAUGGUGGGGAUGCUGGCUUCCCAGCGGUGACAGCGAGAGAGAGCCGGGGCGGAGGACGCGCGGAUUCGGAUCUUCUGCGGUGUGGGCUCGGCUCUCGUCCCGCCCCUCUCUCGCUCCCCCUUCAUUUUGCUCUGGGUUUGCAUAUUUCCCAUCUCCCGACUCCGUCCUCUCCCCACCACCGGACGUCUUCCCGUCUCUAAAUGGAAUUAGUGGAGCUCGGAGCCUCUGGUGUAACGCACAGACAUGAUCUAUGGACGCAGCGUGUUCCACAUUGUAGCAAGUUUAAUCAUCCUCCAUUCAUCUGGGGCAACCAAGAAAGGGACAGAAAAGCAAACCACCUCAGAAACACAGAAGUCGGUGCAGUGUGGAACUUGGACAAAACAUGCCGAGGGGGGGGUGUUCACCUCUCCCAACUACCCCAGCAAGUACCCGCCCGACCGGGAGUGCAUCUACAUCAUAGAAGCGGCCCCAAGACAGUGCAUUGAACUUCACUUUGAUGAAAAGUACUCGAUUGAACCGUCUUGGGAGUGUAAAUUUGAUCAUAUUGAAGUUCGCGAUGGACCUUUUGGGUUUUCUCCAAUAAUCGGACGUUUUUGUGGGCAGCAAAAUCCACCUACAAUAAAAUCCAGUGGAAGAUUUCUAUGGAUUAAAUUUUUUGCUGAUGGAGAGCUGGAAUCUAUGGGAUUUUCAGCUCGAUACAAUUUCACACCUGAUCCUGACUUUAAGGACCUUGGCGUUUUGAAACCAUUACCAGCUCGUUUUUGUGUUUGUUUGGCAUUCUGUUAUUUAGCGUGUGAGUUUGAGAUGGGCGGUCCGGAAGGAAUUGUGGAGUCUAUACAAAUUGUGAAGGAAGGCAAAGCUUCUGCUAGCGAGGCCGUUGAUUGCAAGUGGUACAUCCGGGCACCUCCACGAUCCAAGAUCUACUUGCGAUUCUUGGACUAUGAGAUGCAGAACUCCAACGAAUGCAAAAGGAACUUUGUGGCCGUGUACGACGGCAGCAGCGCGGUGCAGGACCUGAAGGCCAAGUUCUGCAGCACGGUGGCCAACGACGUCAUGCUGCGCACGGGCCUGGGCGUGAUCCGCCUGUGGGCCGAUGAGGGCAGCCGCAACAGCCGCUUCCAGAUGCUCUUCACGUCCUUUCAAGAACCCCCCUGCGAAGGCAGCGCCUUCUUCUGCCAUAGCAACAUGUGCAUCAACAGCUCCCUGGUCUGCAAUGGCCUCCAGAACUGUGUGUAUCCUUGGGACGAGAACCACUGCAAAGAGAAGAGGAAAGCCAGCCUGCUGGACCAGCUGACCAACACCAGUGGGACUGUCAUUGGCGUGACUUCCUGCAUUGUCAUCAUCCUCAUUAUCAUUUCUGUCAUUGUGCAGAUCAAACAGCCUCGUAAAAAGUAUGUGCACAGGAAGUCAGACUUUGACCAGACAGUUUUCCAGGAGGUGUUUGAGUCCCCUCAUUACGAGCUGAGUACUCUCAGAGGGACAGGGGCCACGGCAGACUUUGCCGACGUGGCCGACGACUUCGACAGCUUCCACAAACUGCGGAGGUCCUCUUCCAAGUGCGUCCACGACCACCACUGUGGGUCCCAGCUGUCCAGCGCCAAAGGCAGCCGCAGCAACCUCAGCACAAGAGACGCGUCGGUCCUGACCGAGCUGCCCCCCCCGCCCGCCAAGCCCCUGGCCCCGCCGGCCAGCAGGAGGAACAUCCUGGUCAUGAAACACAGCUACUCCACGGACGCCGCGGACGCCUGUGACAUCGACGAGAUCGAGGAGGUGCCCACCACCAGUCACCGGCUGGCCCGCCACGACAACACCGUGCAGCGAGAAGAACUAUUUAUACAAACACGGGGACUGUGCAAAGAAAAUUCUAUAGUGAAUUGUGAAAAGUGGACGUAUUUCUAAAUCCAUUCCACUGCCUUUAUCCAAACUUAAGAAUUGCAGACAUUUGUUAUUUCUUCAGCAAGACGCCCCUGCUGCACGGUGAUGUGUUCAUUUUGUAAUUUGGUCUCUGGCCACCAAGUGCUCCUUAGUAUUUGAAUACAUUUUGAGAUUCAAUGGAAACUUGAAGAAGUUAGUUCCCGGCUCAGACUCCCCAGCUCCCUCUUUCCUCUCCCUUCCACCUCGUUUCUGUGUCGCCCUGCGUCUCUGUUCUGUGGUUGCGCCUCGUGUGACGUGUGGACAAACACGACCGGGUCUGAGCUCUGUGUCACAUGUGUGCUGUUUUUAUCACAUAGACUGCUGGGGCGUAGUGCAUUCCUGCGGGAUUUUGAACACGCUUCCGGAAGGCGGACCGUGGCCGCGCCAGCCCGAGCUUUUGUGGACUGACUAGAACGCCUGUUGUGUUACGAUUCAAUGCAGCCAAAAGUCACGAGUAAAAUUACUAGACGGCAAUAAGAAAAAUCUUAUUUUUUUCGGUCUUUUUUCUGUACCCCCACAUUCCUUUUUUUUUUUUAUGUAUCAAAGGAAAAUACCCGGGUUCAGAAAUCGUUUUUGAAACCGGGCGUUUUACCCUUUGCCCCCUUCAGUAACGAUGUGUUUGGAUGGAGCACUGAGCAGUACGACUGGAUUGACAGUCCCGGGGAGUGCCCUGCAUGCCAGCCUCGGCAUCUCCGUUGCGAAGACCUCCGUUCUCUCGGGCACAUUGUAAAAAGCAUGCAUCCCGCCGAUACUGCUGUCUCUUCCACUUCUCUGUGCCAUCUGCUUGCUCCUUGUCACUUUUUAUAUCAAGAGGAUAUAUAAAAAUGUAUCAUAAUUUCCUAACUGGAGUUAAGAGAAAUGUUUUCUUUUCUUAGAGUGAUAAAAAACUGACGUACCCACUUUGUAUCGACUCUUCCCAGGCCGUAGGCUGCAGGAGGCCCGUGUCUCCCACAUUUUACAGGAGCGUGUUCCUUUCGGAAUAGGAAAGUCUUUUUUAAAUGCUUUAAAAACUUCAGGCCAUUUUAUGACCCAAAUUAUACCAUUCUGUGUUGUUUUUUAUACUAAGGCACACA